UGUGGGAAAUGUUCACACCUAGCGUGAAUAAGUGUGACCCCGUGAGGAAAACAGCUUAUAAUUGAAAUUGUUUUUUAAACGCUUUCUGUCAGGGUUAGGUUAAGGUUUCAAUGUAGAGUUUGCAUAGUAUAAAAGUCAUUAUGUCUGUGGAAACCCCCCAUAAAAACAUGGAAACAACGAAGCGAGAGAGCGCGCGCGCACACCCAGAGGAGAGAGAGAGACGAGCACAUCUUCAUCAGUGUAAAACACAAACUCUCGUCAGUCGGAUCAAGGCUUUAGAUGUUCAAGCAUUAAGUUGAGAGAAGACCGUGAGAGAUCUCUUCAGACGUCAGGAUGAUGUUGACUGUGGCCUGUCUACAGCUGUUUUUGGCCCCUGUUUUUAUGCAAGCCACUGGUGAUUACUGGGAUGAGUGGGGUCCAUACGGCGAGUGCAGCCGAACGUGUGGCGGCGGGGUGACCGUGAGAUUGAGGCGAUGCGUAACCCAGCGGACUGAUGGAGGUCACAGCUGCAUCGGACCAGAGAAGUCCUAUCGCUCAUGUAAUAUUCAGGACUGUCCUGAAGGCUCCAGAGAUUUCAGAGAGGAGCAGUGCUCUCAGUAUGACGGCACAGAUUUUCAAGGGAAGCGCUACAAAUGGCUUCCAUACUAUAGUGCAGAGAACCCCUGUGAGUUAAACUGCAUUCCCAGAGGAGAAAAUUUCUACUUUCGGCAUAAGUCUGCUGUGGUGGAUGGGACUCCCUGUCACCCGGGGGGAAAAGACCUCUGUGUGGAGGGACUGUGUAAGCGUCUGGGCUGUGAUAACAUGCUGGAGUCGCCCCAGGAGGAGGACCCGUGCCUGCAGUGUGGAGGAAAUGGACAGUCCUGCGAGCAAGUGAAAAACAACUUUUCAAUGCGUACCCUGCCUAAAGGUUACAAUCAAAUGUUCAUCAUUCCUGUUGGAGCUACAAUGAUCAGCAUCAGAGAGAACAUACCGACACGAAAUUACCUCGCAAUCAAAAACCUGCGGGGUGAGUAUUAUCUUAAUGGACAUUGGGUGAUUGACUUCUCUCGUGCCACGCCCAUCGCCAGCACCAUGUUAUAUUACCAGAGGGGAACGGAGGGGGAAAAGACACCCGAGGUCAUCACCGGCCGGGGUCCCACAACCGAGCCUCUAGUGAUCGAGCUGAUCACUCAGGAGCCCAAUGAGGGAGUGGAGUAUGAAUACUAUCUGCCUAAAGGACGCUCUACAGAGGGAUACUACUGGAGCUCUGGCUCCUGGUCGGCCUGCAGUAAAGAGUGUGGCUCGGGUUAUCAGUCGCGUCUGGUCUUCUGUACCAUUGAUAAUGAAGCGUACCCUGAUUACCUGUGUUCCUCUAUCCUCCGACCCCUCACCAAUCGCACCUGCAAUGAACAGCAAUGCCCACAAACCCGCCGGAUGGCGUAUGUGUACAAGCCGCAGUUGUGGAGGCCCAUGGAAACAACUCGAGUCUUAGCACAGGUGUACAGCUGGAUGACUGGUGAGUGGAACCCAUGUCCAGUGACCUGUGGCGGAGGUCUUCAGGUGAGGAGAGUGGAGUGUAUGUCUCACGACACGGGUGGAUCGCGGGUGGUGGAGGAUUCGCAGUGUGCCGCAUACGCCCCCAGACCUCUGAGCCAACAGAACUGUAACAUGCAGAAGUGUGCUCAAUACAGAGUUUACACCUGGAGUCAGUGCUCCGUGUCGUGCGGCUCCGGGCAGCAGAUGCGAGAUGUGGUGUGCAUAGGUUCAGAUGGACUACCGCUGGAGGACUAUGCCUGUGGGACCCAGCCAAAUCCCCCCAGAACACAAACCUGUGAGAUGCCCGCCUGCAGAAAUCCCAUUGGCUGGCAUAUUGGAGACUGGGGCCUGUGCUCAAAGAGUUGUGGCUCAGGGCUGCGAGAGCGGCAGGUGAUCUGUUCAGACAGACAUCGAACCCUCUACAGGGCAGAAGAGUGCCAGGCCAAUCCCAGACCAUCAACAGUGGAAACCUGCAACGCUCAGCUGUGUUACAGGCCUCAGGAGGUGCCCAGCAUGCCGGACCCAACAGGAUAUGACAACACUGUUCAGGGUUUCCAGCCGUACUUCAACGAUCCCUCAUUAGCAACUCCUCAGCACAAGGCGGUCAACAGUCCUUACGGCACGACUGUCCCCCCUCACUGUAGCCAGACACGGUAUGGCUGCUGUCCUGAUGGAGUUACCCCUGCUGGAGGACCACAGAGACAAGGCUGUGCCCAGGAUGCAGGUCAACCCUCCUGCACAAGGAGCAGGUAUGGCUGCUGUCGUGAUGGUGUGACCGUAGCACAGGGUCCCAACAAAGAGGGCUGUCUGGAGUCCUGGCUGCACUGGCCUCUAACAACAGAUCCCGUACCAUCUGCACCCACAGACUGUCACUCAUCAAACUUUGGUUGCUGCUAUGAUGGUGUGACGUCUGCUGUUGGUCCUCGCGGGGAGGGAUGCCCAAACACCCCAAGCAACACACAGCGCCCCCUGUCCUGUGACCUGGCUGUCACGGUCGGCCCGUGUGAUCAGUGGACCUCCCGUUACUACUACGACCAGUCGGACUCACGCUGCAUGCACUUCUGGUACGGCGGCUGCCACGGCAACAGCAACAACUUUGUGUCGGAGGAGGAGUGUCAGCAGACAUGCCUGAGCCAGCUGCGCGUUACGCCUUUGCAACUCGCCGAAAGACUCUUUCCCGUGCGUAAGCGUCUCGGCUCUGGUGCUGGGAACCAUACUCGCCGGCUCCACCGACCCGUGGCCGACACCAAGCAGCAGAGUGACCCUGCAGCCAGCUGGACAUCUGCAGGUGUGAGUAUAGACAAGUCAGACCCCUCUUCGGUGGAAGGGCUGGUUGGUCAGCGGGUCGUUUUGCCCUGCCGGGUCAGGCCACGACCUUCCUCCUCUGUAGUUGUGGAGUGGAGACGAGAUGGUGUUCUUGUUGACCUCAUCAGGCAUCAGCAGCAGCCGGACGGCUCUCUGCUGGUGGGUCCCGUCACAUUACAGGACUCCGGCUGGCUUCUGUGUGUGGCCACAAGAGACCGUGAGCGAGACUACCGUUACAUCCACCUGUCCGUCUCAGGAACAGAGGCAGAUUCUUCCCAGUCAUACACGUCACAUUCAUCCUCCAGGUUCACUAUUGACUAUUCAUCAUUGGUCGAGACUCGAGUUGGUCAGACGGCUAAACUGCAGUGCACAGUGCUGCCGGCGUCUGCCAUACACACGGUCACUAUUCACUGGAGCAGAGCCGGACAGCCACUCAACUCACUCAGACACGCUCAACACUCAGACGGCACAUUGGUGAUAAACCAGGUGACGUCAGAAGAUUCAGGGAUGUAUACCUGCACACUCACAGACAGUCACAAGAGUGAAGAACGUCAGAUUCAGCUCAAAGUGUUCGGCGACCUCAGGAUCACUAAAGCACCCACUGACGUCCAUGUGGCUCCGGGUGGCAUCGCUCAACUGCCCUGCGUGGUGUCAGGAGAAAACGCCAGAUUGGGCUGGUCAAGGAACGGUGUGCCCGUGCGACCAGAUGGAUUUCACGUACAUGUGUCGGCGGACGGGACGCUCAUACUAAACAACGUCCAGCCGACGGAUGAGGGGACGUACACGUGCAACGCUUACAUCGGGACGUACUCCGUCAGUGCAGCGGCUGAAGUACGACUGGUCAAAUCACCACAGCAAGAUUUUGAUGGGAGUCAGGGGUUGACGCCGGACUGUGUGGAUCAGCCUGAACUAGCCAACUGUCGACUGAUCGUGUACGCCCGCCUGUGCUCCAAUCAGUAUUACUGGAGUUUCUGCUGUGCCAGCUGUGCCAAAUACACCAGAGUCAAAGACAGACGAAGACACAUCAGAUCAUCAGGUCAUGUGCAGUGAAUCCAGCAACCUCAUUGGCUGAUUCAUCCUUCUCUUCAGCAUUCACAUCAUCAGCCGGGACCAUUCCAUCAUUUCACCAUCCUGAAGAACAGAUCAACACUGACCUCAGAUCUGCAGCGAGUGGAUUUCAUUUAUACUGCUAAACAAGCUUCGGUGUGCAAACUGAGACCGUACGCUUUCAGGAUCCGUCAUAGUUUAUUUAUCAUCAUGUAUUAUGCUGUCAUUAGGCAUGAAUUGAAAGAAAUCAUCUUUUUUACUACAAAGAUAUUACUGUUCACUUCUGCUUAUACACAAUUCUUUGAAACUGUAAAUAAAAUAGAUGUUAUAGUUUAUUUGCAUUAUUAAGUUUAUUAUGUUAUGUUAUGUUAUAGCAGGACAUCCACUAAGUAGGAGCCAUAAUGUAAAUAAGUGCAAAAAAUCUGAUGACAUGGUUUUAUAAACAUCUGAAAAGUUCUGAACAUUUCUGCAUUCCCAUAAAAUGCAUAUAAUCCAGUUCUAGUAUUUUUGCCAUGUUUUACAAACUUGAUGAUCUGGUUUUAAUGCUUAAAUCAGAAAAUACCAAAGCAUGUACUGUACAGCUUCACGGAAGAGCAUUUCAAUACAGAUACUCAGUCUGUGUGCCACAUGAUUUAUCUGAGCUAUCUAAUGCAGAUCUGUGUUUUGGCCUUGCUGGGGAAGAAGUCAUAAAUACUACUGGCAGGUUGAAGGUCAAUUGUUCAUAACAGGACUCAGUUGGUGUGACUUCAUUACUGACACUGAAGAGGACAUUACAAUUGAAAGAGUGUGAAGGGACAAGCACGAGUAACCAGGUGAGAGAAAAUCUGCAUCUUUACUGCUUUUGUACGAAGUAUCUAGCAGAAAGCUGUAAAACGCAGUCCACAAAAACAAAAUACUUCCACUGAAGUUUCUAAAUCAAUACAUAAGUCAAAUAUGCGGUGACGAGAUGAACCAGAACAUGAACGCAAAGAGCAAAUAUUUUCUUAUAGUAAACCAUUAUAAAGAAAUCCCUCAACGUGGUUUAUAUUAGGACCAAAUUCAAUACUGUCGUGUACAAGAUCGUCAUGUAUUGAGGUUGUUACCUGUAUCGGUGUCUAGAGGGCGCUGUUACCUGUAAGAAAGAAGAACACCAGGUGAAUGUUCAGUUCAGAGAGACCUCAAAGUGUGUGUUUGUCUGUUUAUUAAUAGAGCUGAGAUGUAGCACACGGUUCCAUGUUUUAGUCAUU